AUGUCGGCGACGACGAUUUAUUGUGAUAAUUUCGUUGGAAACGCAUGGAAGAAAGAUUUGUGUUUGAAUUGUUUCAAAAGUAAAGAAGACCACGUGAUUAAAAAUGGAUUUUCUCAACCUGUCACGCCGGCGAGAAUACCUGAUCCUCCCAAAGAAGGAAUACUCAAAAGGCCAAAUUCGAAAAGUUCAAAGUCGAAUAAAGUGAUAUUUUUAAGUACGGAAUUCGAAGUGAUCGGAUUCGGGGGUGAUGAUUCGUAUUCCGACGACGAUUGUCCAGAUUCUUGUUUCGCACAAGCGGAAGAAGACGGAGAUGACGACGUCGAAGAAACCGAAGAAGACAAAGCGUUUCAAAAACUAACGAAAACAAACACGGAUUAUAAUUCGGUACCGGAAAAUCUCAAAGAACCGAAAGAGGGAGAAAUCAAAAAGGUCGUCGAGCCUCUCAAGUUGGGAAAACAAUUGUUUGACGACAAGGGAAACAAAAAAACUCUGUUGGUUUCCGUGACUCCUUUCGGAGACGCGAACGGAGUCGUUAAAAAUAAGAUAAACGUGAACGGUGUCAAAUCGAACGUGUCACUAGUGAACGAAAUCAAAACGAAUUCUAAUGCGAAUUUCGAUAAUAAUAAUAAAAAAAAAUCGGAGUCGUUGAAACAAAGCGUCGUCGGUCCGAUCGUGAAAACGAGACACGUUGAUAAAAAGACUGAGCCGUCCACCGUUUGCAACGGCGAAAAUGGCGACGACGAUGGAGCCAUUUUUACGAGUAAAAAAAUGGAAAACGUACACGAGGUUACGAACGGCGACGAUAGUCCCAAUAAGGUGUUAUCGAGUGAUAAAAGUUUAAAAAGAAGUCAACCCGUUGAUAAAAGUUUUAAAUUUCGUUUGAUAAAAGAUUUGCAAAAAGAAAAUGAGAAAAAUUUCGACUCGUCGAAUGAGAAUAAUCACGUGAGCAAAAGCGAAAAAAUAAAAUCGUGCGACAAAAUGACUAACUUGAUAGAUAAAGCAAAGAAAAAAGUUAAUCAACUUCCGGCCGUCGUUUUGGAUAUGUAUAAAAUUGGGGAAAGCGAAGACGUGAAAACGAACAACGAAAUCAACGAUGAAAAAACUCUCAAAGGGAUUUUGGUGUUGCCGGAAAUUCAAAAUAAAUUCCUGUCGAAAGAAGUUAAAAUCAGCGCGACGUUUGCGGACGUGUCAAAAGAUGAUCCGAGACAUCCGGUUAAAAAUGGAUUUUCGGAAAAGGAUUACGGAGAUGAGAGGAAAACGGUAAACAAAGAUGUCGUCAACGCGCCAAACGAAUCCAUAAUAGAUCGUAACAAGUUGAUACCGAACGUCUCAUCCGUUCACAAGUACCGUCUGACGAAUCCGAUUCUCAAGAGAGAGGAUGAAAAUCCCGAAUCCCUUUUCCCGAAUCCCGUAGUGAAACCUUUAAUGAACGGCGUCGUGAGUUCCCUAACGUCUUCUCCAUCCGCUUGUGAUAAAGAUUUCGAAUCUCCGAUUGUUAUUAAAGACGAAAGGAGAAGAGUCCUUUUGGGGAGCAGUGAAAAAUUAAACGGGGAUUCGGAAGGAGGGAGGGGAGGGGAUAGACACCAAGUCGAAAUGACGACAAAAUCCGACGAAGAAAAUUCUGUCACGAUGGAGGAGACCGUUGAUAAAUUUCAAGGAGAACCGGUAAACGGUCACGUAAACGGUUCGACAAUGGAUUCAUCGUCAUCACCGCCGCCGCCCGCUCUCCCGUCCAAACCUCCGCCGUCCAUCUUGGAAUCGAAAUCGGGUUUUCUAAACGAUUCGAGCUUCGAAGAUGAUGGGUUUAUUAAAGCGGGGGGAACGGAAAAGCCGAAAGUACCUGCCAAACCCAUAUUGAUACAAUCGAAGAAAAUUAAUUUUCAAUCGCCGAUUCACGCGGGAAUAAAAGUAAAUUAA